UGCUGCUCAUCGAGGAACAACAGCAUCAUGGAUUUUCUGAAAGCCGAAAUUGCAAGGAAGAAAAAGCAACUGGAAAAGACAAACCUUGUCGGCGGGGAGAGUGGGAAAAAGACAUUCAAGAGAGCUGACUUCAAAGCAAAGCAGGAGGAAGAAUAUUGGAAGAAACACAAAGUUGCGGAUGAUGAUGAAGAAAGUAGCAAAAAGAAGGCUAGAAAAGAAAGGCUUCCCAGUGACUCCCUCUCAGAUGAUCCUAAUCUUGUAACACUCUCAAGACAAGAGGUGAUAAGACGAUUGCGAGAAAGGUCAGAGCCUAUAAGGUUGUUUGGAGAGACAGACACAGAAGCUUUCUUCAGACAGAGGAAAAUAGAGAUGCUUGCCCCAGAAAUCAACAAGGGUCUUCGGAAUGACUUCAAGGAAGCUAUGGACAAAGUUGACCAGCAGUACUUGGAUGAACUGGUCAAGGCUCAGGGAGAGGACGUCCCGACCAGUGCUUAUGACAUGAAGUAUGAAGACGAUGGAAACACGAUAGACUCCAUCGUAGAGAUGGCUAAAGGUAUCGGCAAGGGUGACGAGGUGGUGGAUAAUAAAGUUGUCCUCGUCUACAUCAAGUUUUUGCUGAAAGGCUGGGCUCAGGAUCUGAAUCGUAGACCAGAAGAUCUCAAGAGAAGCAUGAAAGGAAGAUUACAAAGUGCAACCUACAGUCAAACAGAAGGAUACCUCAAACCACUUUUCUCUAAAUUGAAGAAAAAGUCCCUUUCUCCAGAUAUUUUGGACAGUCUAAUAACGAUCAUCAAGUUCUUGUUGGAGAGAGAAUAUGUGAAAGCCAAUGAUUCCUAUCUUCAGAUGGCCAUUGGGAAUGCUCCCUGGCCCAUUGGUGUUACUAUGGUUGGUAUUCACGUCCGUACGGGACGAGAGAAGAUCUUCUCCAAGAAUGUUGCUCACGUACUGAAUGACGAGACACAGCGAAAGUAUAUCCAGGCAUUGAAGAGACUGAUGACCCUUUGUCAGAGGCACUAUCCUACAGAUCCCUCAAAGAGUGUAGAGUAUCAAGGAGUUCAUUUAUUCUGAGAGGAAGCUGGACAAAUUAACCAACUGACUAUUCAUGUAUGUGGAUUAUUAAAGAGUCCACUUAAAAGAUGGGGAUCCAAGAUGAAGCACUCGCCAUUCGUGGUCUUACAUUAUUGUAGAAGACAUGUUCUGCCAAGUGUUCAGUCAAAAACCCUUGUCAGUUUUAACAUGUGACAGAAGGUCUGGAAUGUGAGACUAUCUAGAGAAGUGCUGUACAGUCAGACUGAUGAAGCUUAAGGCUUUUGAUAUGGAAUCCUGUUUAAGCAUCUGUGUCUGCAUAUUAAGUGCAGCUCCGUAGACACUCACUGUGAAUAUGGAUGGACUUCUUUGAGCACACUUUGAACUCGGGGAUCACCAAAUGGAAGUGAAGGAGUAAUGAAAGCAGACUUGCAACCACAUGCAGACAUCCAUGGAAACAUGGCUCAAUCCACAAGUGUGAAGGAUGUGUAUAUAAUAGAGAUGAACGGCAUAUUCCUCUUCAUUAGGGAUUACUGUGAAGCAGUGAAGUAGAACUCUGUUGUGAAACUCUAAAAAUAAUUGAGAGCUACAUCAUGAUUGAAAGUGUUCUAAGUAAUCUUGUGGGAAUAAAAUUGAAAAUAUUUCCUUUUCCUUUAAUACCAUUCAAUAGUUUCUAUCAAAGGGGGUUUGGUUGUGAUAAACAAGCUGUUGUUCCCUUAGAACGUAUUUACUUGAAGACACUAGAGUAUAAGUAUCUUAUUCUUGAAGAAUUGACAAGCAAUCCCUGUUGUUUUUGGAGUUAAUGUAGUCUUGUCUUAGCUAUUUAUGUUAUGUGCUGUACAUCCUCAUGAUAAAUAAUUAGUCUGAAUUUGCCACACAUAAUCAGGAUCAUCAUACUACAUUCACAGAAAUUGUUGCUGUAUUGCACAUCCUUUCUUCCAGAAUUACAUGAAAGUGGAUUUUGUAACACUUUAUUAUCAACUUGUGAGAUUGUGGGAAUCAACAGUGUUCUGCUGGAACUUCUGCGUUACCAAGAUUUCAAAGAAAUACUGCUUGAUGUCUUUUUGAAUAGUAAACAAUAAAUAAAUAAUGUGCACAUACAUGUAUGAUAGAGACCUCAAGAUUUAAUUUCCUUCCAGCUCACAUUCAGUUUAUAAUGCUGUAAUAUAUCUGUGCAUAAGUUAUCCGCAUGCUGUUUGAACUACAGUCCUCAUGAUGGCUGUCCAAAAGUGUUGUUUUGAUCAGUAAAUAGUUUGACUAUAAAUAAUACUCCGAAGGUGUUAUGAAUUGAUCCAUUGAUACUUGCAUUGCAAAGCCAACCUCAGAAUUUAAAGGGCUAUCCAACCCUUGUAAUAACUUCAUUGAAAAGGAAAUAUAAGAGAAACAGAUGGGCCAAAGUUUGAAGUAAAUCAGGCCAAUUAUAAGGGAGUUUUGAAUGUGAGAAAUAUAAGGUCACUAAAUCCAUGCAAAUCUCAAAUUGGCAAUUGGUCAGUGGAUUGCAACAUAGUCGAGGGACAACUCUGCCUUUUGUCAUGUACAAAAAUAUCACUAAUUUCUCCUUUUCACCCGAGUGCCUUCUCCCUUGGGGCACUAAUCAAACUAUGUUAUGGAUAGCACAUUUUUACAGGUCCUUUAAAAAGAAAAGACCCCCUUUUCUAAAUCAUACAUUUUGAUAUACAUGUAUUGACAUUUUUAUCAUUUUGCGAGUUGAAAUAUAUGGGAAAGUGGUACAGCACUUCAUCACAGUAACAUGCCAAUUUGAAGUGCCCAUACAUUUCUCUGUUAAAAGUUCAAUUUUGGCUCUGAUGGGGUUUGCACAUGUAAUGGUUUUCAUGAGAAGCAAAUGAAGACAUUACAAAAUUCCAGGGUAUUUUUGUUUAAGUGAUACUUUUAUUGUGAAUAUAACAUAAAUGAAAGAUUUGUUCAUGAUACAGAACAGCUUAUAUGUUCAUUAUAAAAACAUUAUUGCUAAAGACCAGUUGCUAACUAGGUAAUCACUACAUCGAUUACAUGUACUUUAGUUUAAUGUGUAGUAGAGCCUAGAAUGUUAAUAUUUUAUUUUGAAGUCUUUUUCAAGGUUUCUGUAAAGCUUCAUCUGUAUCAAAGCAUGAACUAUUUGUCAGCAAAAAUAUUAAUGUACACUUUAAUAACUAUACAGACAAAGUGAUAUUAAACUAUUUUAUGAUGAAAA